CUGUAUUUGUGCGGCAAACUCCUCCAUCCCAAUCAUUGAGCCAGCCAACCGCAAGCCCGCCAAGCCUUGGAGAGACGUUUACCUUUCGGCGGAAAGGAUCCUGCCCGCCCUUUAAAAGCUUCCAGCUUGGGCGCUAUUUGGACGCUACCCUAUUCUCCCUCCGCUCUCUCUUUCUCUCUCUCGACUACGAGCUCCGAGACCUCUCCCAUGAAUUCGCCAAGAAUCCCCCAUUUCUAGGGUUACGGUUUCCCAAUUCUCUUGCUUUCGACGGCCUCUCCGUCGAUUCUUUCGGCCGCGCCCGCGAAUCUAGGGUUUCCAGUUUAGUGGUUAGUGGCCUACUGUCUUGACCCAAUGCUUCUACGGGGAGGAACCUACAGAUAAGAUUCGAGUCGUCUAUUGCAGCGGAUCAAAGCAUCGCUCAAGUGGCCCAAAUUAGCUUCUGAAAGGCAGAAAGAAAAGUUGCUUUGGCAAAAAUAAAUUCCAGGAAAUGGGAUGCCUGGCAUCAAAACCUACAGAUGCGGGUGGUAACAGAAGAUGGCCAAGGACCGCUGGAGUGGUGGCUGUUUUUGUGCCAGGAUUACGCAUCCCUAAAAGUGUAGACUUAUCUUGCUCAUUGGGUAAUAGCUUGUCAAGAAGUUUAGUGGAACACCUCUCAGCUCUUAGAACUCGCAUAGUUGUCAUGGCAGCCCAAGAGGCACCGACUGUGAAAAAGCCUAGGUGGAAAACAGCUACACAACAUGGAGGUUCUUCUUUGUCUGAUCUUCUGCAGGCUUUGGAGGAUUACUUGCCAGUGCUCCUGGGAUUGGUUAAAAAUGGAAGUCAGUUAAAAGAUGAAGUGCAGUUUGUGUGGGUUAAUCAGGAGGAUGAUGCAGAGGAAACGGGCAUGGCAAAUGCUUGGUAUGAGGUGUUGUCAGUUCUACACUUGAUGUCUAUGCUGUGUUUAUCUGAAGCCAAUUCUUUGCUUCUUCCUAAAACGUCUAAUGAUGGUUGUCAGCCAAGGGUAUCUGAAGAGAAUAGGCGAACCUCCAUUGAUGCUUUCUUAAAGGCAGCAGGAUAUUUGGAUUGUGCCAUCCGGGAUGUUCUUCCUCAAAUUCCUCUUGAGUCGAGGAAAGAUCUUCCUCUAGACCUAACUGAAGGAGUGCUGCGAGCUCUUUGCAUGCAAGCAUUAGGUCAGAGCAUUGAAAUUCAACUUGGAAUGGCGAUAGAUAGUCCCAAGGCCACACUAGCUGUGAAACGACGGUUGGCAUGUGAGAUGGUGAAGUGUUGGCAUGAGGCCCAUGACAGCAUCAUGCAGGUUCCAUUAACCGAUGGUUGGGGCCGGAAGCAUCAUCUCUUUAUUAAGUGGAAAUAUGCUGAAGCAAAGGCAGCUGCAUAUUUCUACCAUGGGCUAAUCCUUGAUGAAGGGAACACAGAGAAGUCCCACGGGAUGGCUAUAGCUGCUCUGCAAGCAGCAGAAGAGUUCCUCAAAGAAAGCAAAAGGGCUUGCGAAGCCUUCAAUGCAGUGCCUCCUGCAUCAACGAAUCCCCCUAGCUGGGGAACCGCAAAGUAUCUUUCCGAGAAGAUCCCCAAAUAUGCAUCCAGCAAGGUUCGCAUCAAUAGGGACCUCUACAGUGACGAGAGGGUCCUUGAGACAGCACCAACAUUGCCAGAUUUUGCAGUGGCUCUCAAACCUGAUGAUUAUCAACUUCCUUCGUUGGAUCCCUCUUGGAACGAAUAAAAUGAUCACAACAGAAAGCCCAGAUCAUAUGGAGCUGUCGCAUUUGAAGAGCACCAGUUGACCUGUAACAGAGCUGUAUGUCUACACCCGGGAGAGCCAUGUUCUAUCAGCAACAAUGUGUGGUUAAUUAAUAGCCACCGCCAGCGCCGCCACCACCGCAACCCCACUUUUUGUUUCCAAAAUAUUGAAGUCCUCGCAAAACUUGCUUGUUAUGGGACGUUGUUGUCGUUUACUAGUGUUUUAUAUUGCAUGUGAAAUGUAAAUUAUGGGAAAAAAAAAAGAAAGAAAAAGGAAAGGGUUUUUCUAUCC